AUGAUUGGAUCGCUUCUGACAAGAGUGCUUCUAAUGGUAUUUGGAUAUGCAUAUCCUGCUUAUGAGUGCUACAAAACGGUCGAACAGAACAAGCCUGAGAUUCAACAGCUCCAAUUCUGGUGCCAAUAUUGGAUUCUUGUUGCUGCUUUGACAGUUUUCGAAAGAGUUGGUGAUACUCUUAUUUCGUGGUUACCAAUGUAUAGCGAGGCAAAGUUGGCAUUCUUCAUUUAUCUCUGGCUACCAAAUACCAAAGGAACUACAUAUGUUUACGACUCUUUCUUCAAGCCAUAUGUCUCAAAGCAUGAAAAUGAAAUUGACCGUAACUUGGUUGAGCUUAAGACUAAAGCUGGAGGUAUGGCAAUGAUAUAUCUCCAAAAAGUAAUCAACCAUGGACACACGAGAUUCUUUGAGAUCUUACAGUAUAUUUCAGAACAAUCAACACCUAAACCUCAGCCUAAGGAAAAGAAACAGACAACAACAGCUGAAGUUGAUGAUUCGAAUCUUAAGGGCGACGCAAAGCAAAGCUAACUCUGAUACAUGAAGAAACGCUAAAAGGCUAACUCGUUGCAUAAUCUUCUUUCUCUUAUUAGUCGCUUGGAAUAAAUUUAUUAUAUGGUUGGUCACAGUUUCAUAUUUCAGAUGUAUUUAAUGGCUUCGAAAAUAAAUAAAUGAAGUAGCUUUUGGUGUUUUUGACUAGAGAGAAACAGAAUAAAAUUGAUUUAUUAUAUAGGCCGAAACCCAAAUGUUUUUCCACAUAUUUAACAUUGGCCCAAUUUCCUUCGGUCCAUGACUCCCAAGG